AUGAGAGUAUAUGGAGAAGAUAUUCCAGAUAAUAAAGUGGUAGAAAAGAUUCUACGUACGAUUUCGAUGAAAUUUGACCAUGUGGUGACUACAAUAAUUGAGUCACACGAUACAUACACCUUGUAUGUAGCAGAGUUACAAGGAAGCAUUGAAAGUCAUUUCAGCAGAAUAUUAGAAAACCCCGAGAAAGUGAAGAAAGAGGUCAAAAUAAUUACCAUAAUAGAGGAAGAGGAAAUUAUAGAGGCGGGGCCCGAGGAAAUUAUGGAGGAAGAGAAUGUGGUAACUUUAACCAAUGGAGAGAGAACAACUUCAACGGUUUCAAUCCAGUAUAUCAAGGGAGAUGUGAUCAUAGUUUUGGAUCUACAUAUCGUGGCAGAGGAAGAGGUAACUACAACAAAGAAAGGAAGAAUUAUAGUUGUUAUGACUGUGAAAAGUUUGGACACAAAGAAGCUGAUUGCAGAUACAAACAUCAGGUAA